ACAGGCCGGGUUCCAAGGUAACUUUCACCUCUCGAAGCUAAUAAUUAUUCCUGCGAAAACAGCAAUUUUUCUCCUUUCAACGCAUUGAAGUCUUUAAAGUACGAAUAAAACAGCAUCUGGAGAGUCGUUCUACAUCUUUGGAAUAUGGAGGAUUUAAAAGAGGAAAGGAAAGCUUUAAAAAUUGACCUCUAGUUCGACUUGUGCUCAUGUGGCUUCAAAUCUCUGCGUGCUGUUUUUGAGAAUAAUCUUAGUGCAAGAGGAAUUCGAGUUUAUUAUUGGCGACCUACUAUUAAUUUUCUUAAAGCUUCCGGCCAAGUUUGGCUGGAGUAAGGCAAAGUCAAGAUGAUGGCUUCAAGGAAUCCCAAAGUUGCCCCUAAAAAGAAACCGAAGCCAAGACAGCAAGAAUCGACUCUUUCAAAAGAACAAGCAUGGACUGACACAGAUGACACAGAAACAACCAAAGAGUCCGCUGAUACGGCUGGACCAUCAAAAGUCACGAACAGCCAGGAAGAACAACCAGGAAGUGUGAUCUCUGUCAAGGAGGCAAGUGAGGAGAACAAAACAGACUCAGUUGGAAUCUCUUCAGAUGCAGAGACAAAUGGUGCUGUGAGUGAUACAAAUGGAGUUAGCAAUGGUCUGCCUGACUACCCUGUGACGACCGACACAGACAUGCCGUCAGACUCAGUAGCAAGUCUAGAUAGUGCAACCCGGCGGAAGGUCAAGAGAAACACAGUGGUCCCUACAGAUGGCGAAGACAGUGGUAGACAAACUCCAGAUAGUGAGACAAUAAAAGAUGCUUGGAGUGUCAAUGAGGCCGAUGUGUCUGAGUCAGAUGCCCCUCCAAGCAGGCCCAGCUCAGCGGCAGCUCUUUACCGACAAGCAUUGACAAAGCAGAGAACCCGACCUGCCACUGCACCAGGAAAGAAAUUCCAGAUGACCCCGGUAGAGCGACCAAAGACAGCACCAUCAGUAACAGCGGUUCCUCGGCAACCACGCCCAUCUAGUAGCCUUGACAGCACUAGUAGUUCAGUGCAAGAGGCUACUGGUCGAAGAGGUGAAGUAUCUGGACACCAGUAUGUGACACCAGUGGAAAAGUACAAAGGCACAGAUGAGAGGUCAUUAACACCACUUGCAAUUACCAAUGGGGAACUUGAAUUGUUAUCAGAUUCCCCAGCAGAUUCAAGUCGCACAAAAGAUGCAGUGAGUACUGUCUCAAGUUGUGACCUGCUAGCCCCACCUAAGAUCAGCAGUGAACAGAAUGCCUACAUCCCCCUCAUCUAUGCCAAAGAAUCAAUACAAAAGGUGAUGGAUGAUAUGAGGCGGAUGAAAGCAAGCCAUCUUAAGGUGGUAGAUCGCAUCCAGGAGCAGUACAGACUUAUUGAAGAUGAGAUCCAGGGUAAUUUUAACACAUUUGUGCUAAACUUGAGAACUCAAUACUCUGAGAAACUCUCAACAUUUAGACAUGUGAUAGAAAUCCACCGUGAAGAUACAUCAAGGAAGCAAGAAUACUGGCAAGACACUGUCAAGAGCCUUCAGCUGAAGAACAAGAAAUUGUUACAAGAAAAAAGGGAGCUUUUAAUAAAGAACCGAGAUGAGUUUACCAAGCUGGAAGAAGAAAAGCAAAAGGCUGUGUAUGAUUUGACUGCAAUGUUGGAUGAAAAGCAAGCAAAAUACACUUCAAUGCUGAAAGAUUUAAAGAAUGAAAGGAACAAAAUAAUUGAGUUAGAAGAAAAGCUGAAAGCCCUGGAAGAGCAAAAUAGUCAAAGACAGGAAGAAUAUGACUCGAAUAAAAGCACACAUGAGAACGAACUUCUGGUCCUCAAGGCCAAGCACGAGGAGGAACUCAAAGAAACAAAGCAGCAGUUGGAGGAACUGGAGAAGGAGAAGUCGGAGAAACUGACCAAGGAACAGGAGGAAGCACUAGAAGAGGAAAGGAAAAAAUUGACAGAAGCUAAUGAAAAGUUUGCCGCAGAUUUAGAGGCAAAGGAUGCUGAAUUAAAAGCCCUGAAGGAGGAGCUGGAGAAACUUCAAACGAGUGGUGGAGUAGCUGUUGCUGCCGUAGCGACCACCACUGCCGUCACAUCAUCAGCCACUGAUUCUGAGACAAAGAAGGAAGACAUCCAACCGGAAGUGAAAGAACAGGCAGAAGGGGCGGAGCCUGCUAAGGUUUUCACGGUAACCGAGACAGUGUCUGACACAAAGGAGGUUGCACGACUACAGGAGGAGUUGAACAAGUUCAAAGAGGAGAAGACCAAGUUUGAAGAAGAGGUGAAGAAGAUCCAGGAGGAGUGUACCAAGCAUCUGGAUGAGCUGAGCCAGGAAAAGGACAAACUGUUAAAGGCUGAAGAAGAGUGCAGUCGACUAGGCAAAGAAAAGACGAGAUUUGAGAAGCAGGCAUCAGAGAAUAAACAGAUGAUUCGCGAGCUUCGUCAACAAACAUCCGCUCUCCGUGAUCAACUCCAAGGUCUUCUAGCAGCAACAGCUUCUGCAACAGAUGACAAGGAGACCGAGGAGAAGUUACAGUCAGCUGAGGCCGAGAGGCAAGCUCUUCAGGCCGAGCAAGCAAGAAUGAGGGAAGAGUUUGAUAGAUUGAAGGCCAAGUACCAGGAGGAGCAUGAAGGGGAGGAGCCAUCGGAGGAUGACAGGAGCGAUGAGAUCAGAGAACUUAUGGAGAAGCUGAAAGAGGAGGGGGAGAAGCUGAAGAAAGCCGAGAAUACAGUAGCUGUGAUGAGCAUGCUGAAGGAAGGCCAAGUCCCAGAAACUCUUUCCGCUAGCACUGUUAGCGUCAGUAACGAGCGACUCGAAGAGCUGGAAGACAGAAUAGCUAAGCUAGAGGAGGAGAGAGACAACCUUGAGGUGCAACUCGAGACUGUUCGUAAAGAGAACGAUACCGAGAUGGAGAAACAGACCAAUGAGAAUGACACCUUGAAGGAGACCAUCACUGGACAUGAGGAGACCAUAGAACAGCUAAAGUCAGAGAUUGAGGAGAUAAAGGCGGACUUGGAAGAGGCUCGGGAUGCUGUGGGAGGGGUGUCACCUGUGCCGGGGCUCCCAGUUGAGGCCGGGGAAGACGUAGGGGACAUGUCAGAAAAGCUGGUUCAGAUGCAGGAAGAGCUGGAUAAAGCGUCACAAGAGCUGGAUCGUGAGAGAGCAGAGACCGCUGCGAAAACCGAAGAGAUUGAAGCUUUAAAGCAGGAACUCGAAAAUCAAAAGCAAGGGUCUACUGGUGAGGCUGAUGAGUUACGAGCUGAGCUGAAGUCCAACAUAGAGAGGCUUGAAGGCGAGAUCGAAGGCAAGAACAAGGCGCUAGAAGAAGCCAAGAAGAGGAUUGAUGAGCUGGAACAGAAGCUCCUAGCUAAUGUCCCCGUAGACACAGCCAAGGAAAUACAAACUUAUCGUGAAAAGAUUAACGACCUCGAGAAAACCCAAGACAAGCUGGCUAAGGAUAACCUCGCACAGAAGGCCUCGGUUUCUACCCUUACCGCCAAAUUAGAAACCGCGACAAACAACCUCGAAAGGCUGAAGAAACUCGAAAAAGAGCUCCAGGACACGAAUAAAAAAAUGAGACUUGAAAAAGAUAAAGAAGUGAAAGAGGCUAAGGAAAAAGCCGAUACCAAGUCCAAGCAGAAGAUCGAUGAUAACAACAAGCUUAUUCAGACGUUACAGAAAAGGAUAAAGGAGCUUGAGUCUGCUGGCACCCAAGCAGGGUCUAAGAUCGACACGGGCAUGGGAGCAAAACGCAAGGACUCGAAGGCUGUGGAUCCUGAAAAAAUUGCAAAAGAAAAAGAGAAGUUACAAGCUCAAGUUGAAGCACUGAAAAAGGCAGCUCAGGAGGAUCACAAGAGAAUAAAAGCGCUUGAGAAGGAGGUCAAGGAUGCAGCCAAGAAUGCGAAGCCAGCUGGACCAAGCGCCGAAGACCGAGCGGCUGCCAAGAAAAUGGACAAGCAACUCAAAGAUGCGACCAAGAAUCUCGAACUGGAAAAGAAGAAGUAUGAAAAAGUUAAAGAACAAUUUACCACCACCGAACAGGAGCUGAAAGACCUUAAAAAGGAACACGAUGCUCUACAGUCUGAGAGUAAGAAAGACAAGGCAGAGCUGGCCAAGCUCGACAUAGCUGCUCAGGAAGGCCUGGCUGCGAUGGAAAAAGUUGAAGAGUUAAAUAAAGAGGUGAUAGCUCUGCGAGAAGAAAACAAGACGCUUUCAGAUAACUUCAACAGCGAAAGGAUUCUACGUAAAAAGUACUACAACAUGGUGGAGGAUAUGAAAGGAAAGAUUCGCGUCUACUGCCGCGCGCGUCCGCUCAGCAAGUCAGAACUGGACAGGGGUAACCACUCCGUUCUCAAAUCACCGGACGAAUACACUGUGGUCGUGUCUACAGCACGUGGUCCGAAAGACUUUCAGUUCGAUCAAGUGUUCUUUCCGGAGCAUGGACAGGAGAAGGUGUUCGAAGACACCCACAACCUUAUCCAGUCUGCGGUUGACGGCUACAAUGUUUGUAUCUUUGCGUACGGACAGACGGGCUCUGGUAAGACGUUCACCAUGAUCGGAGACAGGGAUGGCAAUUUCCCUGGUAUCGCUCCACGAGCCAUGGACAAUAUCUACUCGUUGAUCGAGGAGAACAAGAAGAAGUUCUCCUUCAAAAUUUACGUUUAUAUGAUGGAGUUGUACAACGACAAACUGAUAGAUCUGUUGACAACGUCACAUCAAGAUAAUGCCAGAUUGGACAUAAAAAAGGACAAAAAGGGCAUGGUGUUUGUGCAAGGUUCUGUGAUGCUUGAGUCCCAUAGUAAGGAGGAAUUAUGGAGUAUCUUCGAACGCGGGUCCGAAAAUCGUCACGUUGCCUCAACCAAGAUGAAUGCUGAGAGCUCCAGGUCGCAUCUUAUUCUCGGUAUUAUUAUUGAGAGCACUAAUCUCGUGUCAGGAGCUGUUAUCAAGGGCAAGUUGAGUUUAGUUGACUUGGCUGGUUCGGAGCGUGCAGCCAAGACAGGAGCUACCGCUGAGCAGCUUAAGGAAGCCCAGUCCAUCAACAAGAGCCUUAGCGCGUUGGGUGACGUCAUUUCGGCCCUGUCAAGCGACCAGCAGUUCAUCCCUUACCGUAACAACAAGCUGACGAUGUUGAUGCAGGAUUCACUUGGAGGCAACGCCAAGACGCUCAUGUUUGUCAAUGUCUCCCCUGCUGAUUACAACACCGACGAGACGGUCACCUCACUCACUUAUGCGUCACGUGUCAAACUUAUCACUAACGAUGCUCAGAAGAACCAGGAUAACAAGGAGAUCUCACGUCUCAAGGGGAUUAUCGCCAAGCUCAAGAAGGGCGAAGCUGUGGACGUGGACGUGGAUGACUAGCCUGGGUUCCCUGUGGUACCAUGAUCUGAUGUCUUGCGGGUCAAGAGUUUUAAAACAGUAAUCACCGUACCAUUUUUAAUAUUUGUAAAUAUCACUGUAGGUAGUUAGGACGGAUAUGUCUAGCACACAGCGAGAUCAACGAUAAUGUACUUUCCUUAGAAACUAUUAUCCCAUGGAACAAGAGUCAGCUCGAACAUGAGUUUGCUAGUAAGCUCUGAUUCGACUAUUUAGACAUGAAGCCGAGGUGCACUGGGAUCGAAGGUAUGCAGAAAUGAGCCGACCCAGUGCACUUUGUCCCUUUGUGCACCACAGCAUUCCCGUAGAGUCUCAAGUGAGACUAUACGACAGACUUUGGGCGAUCGAAGUUCAUAUCGGUACUCAUAAGACUAAGAGAAAGAAUAGUUUUAUUCAACGUCAUUAUACGUUGUAAAUAUUUUUAUUAUUUAUUUAUUACCCUUUGCACAAGGAAGUGAUCUUAGCUAUUCUAUAGCUCUCCAUGUGAUUACGGUCUAUUUUUAUAAAGAAAUGACGAGCAAUAAAAAACUAUUUAAACUGUAUAUAUCUUGUUUAAAUCAUAGGACCGAAAGGCUUUUACAACAACCAACGAUAGGGGACUUGCGAUAAGAGAUCACGUGACCUUUUGUGUGGCAAAUUCGAGCGAAAAUAAACACAGAAAUGACUGCGCCCGUCACGCCGACAACAAAAACAACAACAAAAACAAAAAUAUUUAAAUGAAAAUAAACCCUUUCUGAAAAAAAAAAAGAAUUUUCUGGCUUUAUUUGUAUGCGCUUAAUACGUUAUUUUUUUUUGUUGCUGUCAUUUUGCCGCUAUAAAAGCCUGAGCGCAAUAGAUUGCCGCCAUAAAAGUCACGUGAUCGCAUUUUUAGACCCUCUCUCUGUACUUGUUGCAAAUUUCGAAAAUGUAGAAACUCUUUUGGUUCGCACGUUUUCCUCUGAUGUGUUUACCAUUUGUCUGUGCGAAAACGUAGGUGUGAGAAGACGCGUGAACGAGCUCUGACGUGGUGUCCAAGUACGGAAAUCCUAAACUGGCGAAAAUCAAGCAGCCGAAGACAAAACAAUCCAGGCGGCACUCGAAUAGUUUUGAGGGUGGGCCUAGCCCACGGCUUUUGCGGGCCCCAAGCUAUAUCAUUGCCAUGUGUGAAUGAUACAUAUAAUUGAUAAUUUGUCGAAAGGGCCUUGAACAACCUCCUUGGUAUGGAUUGAAUUGCUAAGAACAAUGUUUGGAAUGGUUUGGUCUCUGCCCUUGAAAACCCUCUUCAAUAUAGAAGUCACGCAUACCUCGCGGGAAAGGCUACUAUCUGAUCGAGAUAGUCGGGAAAUGGUCUGUAGUGCUGUAGUUCAGACUCUUUCUUUGGUCUCCGGACGAAAAGACGAGCAAUCAAAUCCGGUCCCUUUGUGAAUAUAUUUAUGCUGUAAUCAGCGCGAAUUGAUUUCUCAGAUGGAGAAUUCAGAAAACAGUUUUACUCGCACUUAGAAAUGAGAGUCCAAUUGCGUGACAAUUUCAGGAGCCAAUCGAAAUUCAUUUUAUAAAUUUGCAUAUAAUUCACUUGUUUCGGCGUUUUGAAAAACUGCGUUUUAUUAUACGAUUUUAAGUUCAAUAAAAUGCUAUGAGCUAUGGAUUUCUUUAAAUAAAUUUGAAUAGUAUUUUCGGAGUUUUUUUACUUGCAUUUUUUGCAUAUUUGUUUUAAUGCUGCUUUGUUUGCCAUAUAAGGGAUGGCAUGUCGCGUAUUAUGGGAUUUGGGCGUGAAGACAUCACUCGCUUACUGCUCGCUCGGAACACAGCAGAGAAAUAGCUUGUCUGCUCUCUCUUUCUAGUUCGAUCCUCUAGGUAAACAUUCAUCAACAAAA